AUGUCUUUUGCUGGGGUUCCUCAAAGCCCAGCCAGUUCUGAGAACCUAGGAAGCAUUUGCUCUGCAUGGAGGGAAGAGCUCAAGGUGGCCCCGACCUCCGUGACCCUGGACGCAGCCUCAGCCCACCCGGACCUCGUCCUUUCUCAGGAUCUGCAGACAGUGACGCUCCCCUUCGUCCCUCAGGGUGACUCAGAGGAGUCCGCCGACCCACAGCGCUUCUACCCGUUCCGCUGCGUGCUGGGCUUGCCGGGAGUCUCCGGCGGCUGCCAGGCCUGGGAGGCGGACCCGGAGGGGUAGGGGCGGGGCCUGCAUGCUGGGCGUGGUCUCGGCUUGGAGUGUCAGGCGCUCCUCGAUGGCAACACCCGAGAGGAGCUUCCCGUCUGUCCCAGCAGAGUUGGCGUCCGUGUGGAUCACGAACGCGGGGAGGUCGUCUUCUACGACGCCAUCACGAGCAAACACAUCUCCAUCUUCCACGCCUGCUUCCCGGGGAGGGUCUUCCCCUUUUUCCGGCUCCUAUUUACUGGCACCCAGAUCGCCCUGAGCCCCUAG